AGAAAGUAAUAUGAAAAUAUAGAGAGAGAAAAAGAAGUAUCCGUGGUGUUUCCCCAUCCUCAUCCCGAGUUAGGCAUACGCUACAAUUCAAACCUGCCUUCCUUCGCCAUUAAAGCUCUUCUUCUUCUUCUUCCCUUACCACUUUAAAAAUCUCCAAAACCUAAGAAAAAGAAAGAAAGAAAAAAACAUGGUAAAGUACCAGAGAAAGAAGGCCAUGGCGGACGAAGAAGACGACGAAGGAGGAGCAGGAGAACUACGAAGCCCGGGAAAUUACUUUUAUGCCCCUACAGCUACAAGACUUAGAUCCAACCCUAAGUUUUUUCUUAUGGUCUUUCUUCUUGCUUCCUGCACCCUCCUCCUCUUACCAUCCAUGCUUCUUCUUCUUCUCUAUGAUCAGAAAGAAGGUGUUGCCUCUGCUGCCAAUACUAUGCUCUGUUCCUCUCUCUCUAAUGGCAACAUAUGUUGCGACAGAAGCAGUGUAAGAUCAGACAUUUGUAUAAUGAAAGGAGAUAUAAGAACCCAACCAGGAUCUUCCUCAAUUACAAUGUACGGCGCGGCCGCCGGUGACGCCGCCGGGGCGGCGGCGGUUCGCCGCGAGAAGAUAAAACCGUAUACUCGAAAAUGGGAAGACAGUGUAAUGAAGACGAUCGACGAGCUAGACCUCGUCGUUCGGACAGACCUGGCUGCUGCUGCCGGCCACCGCUGCGAUGUCCGGCACGACGUCCCGGCGGUGUUCUUCUCGACUGGCGGCUACACCGGAAACCUCUACCACGAGUUCAACGACGGGAUUCUUCCGCUCUACAUCACGUCGAAUCGGAUGAACAAAAAAGUCGUGUUUGUAAUCCUCGAGUAUCACAAUUGGUGGGUCACCAAGUACGGUGACGUCCUCUCGGAGCUCUCUGAUUUUCCGGCGAUUGACUUCUCCGGCGACAACCGGACCCAUUGCUUCCCGGAGGCUGUCUUCGGGUUGCGGAUACACGAUGAGCUCACCGUCGACCCGUCGUUGAUGGGUAACAACGAAAGCAUUCGAGAUUUCCGUGGGCUUUUGGAUCGGGCCUACAGGCCCCGCAUCCGCGGGCUAAUUGAGGACGAGGAGCGCGAAGCCCGAUCCAUGGCCCGACCAAACUUUGACGGCUCUAAAAUAACACCCCGGCCCGUUCAAGGCCCAGCCCGACCCAAAUUGACUAUAAUGUCGAGGAAUGGGUCGAGGGCGAUAGCCAACGAGGAUUUGUUAGUGAAAAUGGCGACGGGCUUAGGGUUUCGGGUUGAGGUUUUGAGGCCCGAACGGACCACUGAGCUCGCUAAGAUUUAUCGGGCCUUGAACUCGACUGAUGUUAUGGUGGGUGUGCACGGCGCGGCGAUGACACAUUUUCUUUUUAUGCGGGCCCUUAGCGUGUUUAUUCAAGUCGUGCCACUUGGGACCGAGUGGGCCGCCGAGACGUACUAUGGCGGCCCGGCCCGGAAGUUUGGGUUGAAGUACAUGGGCUAUAAAAUUAUUCCGAAAGAGAGCUCGUUGUACGAUCAAUACGAUAAGAAUGACCCGAUCUUGAGAGACCCGCAUAGCGUUUCGAGUCGAGGAUGGGAAUUUACGAAGAAAAUUUAUCUCGACGAUCAGACUAUAAAUUUAAACCUCAAACGAUUUAAAAAGCGUUUGAUUCGAGCCUACGAUUAUUCCCGACGGCGGGAAUCCACGUAGGCUCGAGGUUUAUAUCUAUGUAGAUAAUAAAAAUUCUUUCUUUCUUUGAUAAAUAUUAAAAAACUUUGUUUAUGUAUACAUAUGUUUAGAAACUUUGAUAUUAUUUUUUAAUAUUAUUAUUAUUUUUUUAAA